AUGAACGAGCUCAUAUCCAUGGGCCAAAUGGUAAAGGUGGAUCCAAGUAAGAAGGCUUUGUAUUAUAUGCCGCACCAAGCAGUGGUACGUGAAACAAGUCUAACCACAAAAGUUAGAGUGGUAUUUGAUGCUUCAUCGACAACUUCAAAUGGGAAGUCGCUGAAUGACAUACUUCACGUGGGACCAAGGCUUCAAAAAGAUAUAUUUGACAUUGUAACAAAGUGGAGAUCGUGGAAGUUUGUCAUCUCAGCUGAUGUGGAGAAAAUGUUUCGUCAGAUUAAAGUUGAAAAAGAAGACCAGGAAUACCAACAUGUGUUGUGGAGGAGUAAUCCGUCGGAGCCUAUCCAACAAUAUAAACUUACUACGGUAACAUAUGGCACUGCAUCAGCACCAUUUCUGGCUGUAAGAUCGCUCAUAGAAAUUGGAAAUAGGUGCCAGAAUCAAGAAAUCGCUCAGAGGAUCAAAGAAGAUUUCUACAUGGACGACCUUUUAACAGGAGCGAAUACAAAACAAGAAUGCAGGGAGGUGCAGAAGAAGAUAACGCUGCAACUGGAGGAUUAUGGGUUUCAUUUAAGAAAAUGGAUAUCAAACUCUCCUGAAGUAUUGAGUGCGGUGAAAUUGAAUGAAGAAAAUGAAGUGCUGAGAAUAGAAGAAGAUGAAUGCUUGAAAACAUUGGGAUUACAAUGGAAUCCACAGAUCGAUUGCUUUACAUUUAGUAUGCAAAUUAAAAAAGAAGACAAGUUGACAAAACGAAUAGCAUUGUCAAGACUGGCACAAAUAUUCGAUCCAUUAGGUUGGCUGACGCCAGUCACGGUAACAGCAAAACUAUUUAUACAGCAGUUAUGGAUACAACAAAUAGAAUGGGAUGUGCCAUUGGAGGAGAAAUUGAGUGGAGAUUGGCGGCAGUUUACAUACAGUCUGCCUGCUUUAGAAAAUUUAAGGAUUCCAAGAUGGUUUGGAAUAUUGGAAGACAAAACUGCACAGUUACAUGGGUUUGCAGAUGCUUCCGAGAAGGCUUAUGCAGCAGUCGUAUACCUUAAGGUAAAUUCGCAGGUGACCAUAGUGGCUGCAAAAAGUAAGGUAAAUCCAGUAAAAAAUAGGAAGACGCUUCCAAAGCUGGAACUUUGUGCAACACAUCUAUUGGCUAAACUACUACAGAAGAUCAAAGGAGUAUUGAAGUCAGCAACACCAACUUUUGCUUGGAGUGAUUCCAUGAUUUCCUUGGCAUGGAUUCACAACUCCAAAAACAAGGAUAAGUUCAUAAAAACAAGGGUGAUGGAUAUUUUGGAGAGAAUACCCGAAGCGAAAUGGGGCUACGUCAAGUCAAAGGAGAAUCCAGCAGAUAUGGGUUCAAGGGGUGUCCCACCGGAGACUUUGACAAACAAUACAUUGUGGUGGGAAGGCCCCGAAUGGCUGAAAAAAGAUGAACAAGAUUGGCCAAAAAGCAACAUAAAUCAAACAGUAGCAACAACAGUAAAGUUUUCGACUGAAAACCACUUAUAUGAAAGUAUGAUGAAGUAUUCGUCAUUUAAGAAACAGAUACGUGUAAUGGCUUAUCUACUGCGUUUUAUAAAAGGGCUAAAAAAGAAGCGAGCAGUAAAUGAGCAUUUGACGGCAAAAGAGUUGGAAGAAGCAGAGAUGGAGAUAAUAAAACUACAUCAAGAAAGAGAAUGGCCAGUGGAACUAAGGAAAUUGAAGACAUUGGGAACGGUGGAUCAUCAAAGUAAAAUAGCUUCACUACAUCCACAGUUGGAUCGAAAUGGCAUAAUGCGGGUUGGUGGAAGACUUGCUUUGUCAGAGCUGAACUAUAACCAAAAGCAUCCAAUAAUUAUUCAAAAGUCAAGAUUAGCGGGAAAUAUCAUUCGAAAUUGUCAUAUUCAAACGAUGCAUGGAGGAAAUCGACUUAUGGAAAAUAUACUAAGACGAAAAUAUUGGAUUAUUGGAGCUAAAAAUAGGAUAAAACUUUGCAUUAGGUGUUGUCCAAGAUGUACGCGCUUUAGAGGUGAAGUGCGAAAUCAAUUGAUGGGAAAUUUACCAGCUUACCGUGUCAGUAUAAAUCAACCCUUUCAACACUGUGGCAUUGAUUAUGCGGGUCCGCUACAAAUACGGUGCUCCAAAACAAGAGGAGUGAAGGCUAUGAAGGGUUACGUAGCGGUGUUCGUAUGCAUGGUAACUAAGGCGGUUCAUUUGGAAGCUGUCAGCGGACUUACAACGGAAGCAUUUCUGGCGGCGCUAAGGCGAUUUUUCGCGAGAAGAGGAAAAUCAACCGACUUAUAUUCAGACAACGGAACGAACUUCGUAGGGGCAGCAAGGCAGCUUGACAGAGACUUUUUGGAUGCCGUUAAAAACAACACGAAGUUAGCUCCCAUUUUGGAAAAUGAAAAAAUAAGUUGGCAUUUCAUUCCGCCGGCAGCUCCUCACGUUGGAGGAAUUUGGGAAGCAGCAGUGAAGUCCAUGAAAUAUCACCUAAAAAGAAUAAUUGGUGAUACGAAAUUGACUUACGAGGAGUUGAGUACGGUGCUAUCUCAGAUUGAAGCAGUAUUAAAUUCGAGGCCGCUACAUGAACUUGGAAGCGGUACAGAAUAUAUUGACACUUUAACACCUGGACAUUUCUUAAUUGGCCGUCCGAUGUUAGAAUCACCGGCGACUAUCGAUGAAGGUAACUUAGGAUGUCUUAAUAGAUGGAAACUGCUACAACGAAUUAAAAGUCAUUUUUGGAGCAGAUGGAAAGAGGAGUAUCUAACCACAUUACAAAACCGAAUGAAAUGGAAGAAACAAAAUAAUAAUGUGGAAAUAGGCAAUGUGGUGAUAUUGAAAAACGAAGAAACGCACGCGGCGCGAUGGCCACUGGCCAAGGUGGUAGAAGUCCAUCCAGGGAAGGACGGAGUUGUAAGGAUUGUGACAGUUAAAACACAAGACGGCGUGAUAAAGAGGCCAAUUAACAAAUUAUGUCCAUUGGAGCAUAUGGACGAGGAAUCUGAAGAAUUGCCCAGACAGGAAAAACAGGCGGAAAUUACACAUACUAAUAUGACAAGAUGUGAGCGAAAAUAA